ACAGCUAGGUGCUUAGGCCCAAAAAGUAGCAGUGGUAUUAGGCAGCCCAAUAGCCCAGAUGCAAGAAAAAAAUAAAUAAGAAUAGAAGACAAAUUUCCACCCGGAACAAAGCCGCAAAAAGACGAUUUCUAAACCUGCCGGCCGGCCACCGCGCCAAGCCUGCACGCCGCCACGCCUCCAGUCUGCACUCCGCUGAAUCGCUCGGAGCUCGUACUCCUCGCAACGCUUGCCGAAGUGCUGACCAGGGUCCCCAUAUUCUCAAACCGAUCCUGGGUAUGCCUCAAUCCCUCCAAGCCCUAAAUCCUAUGAAUACCCAUCACAAAAACCUCACUCUGGCAAAGAGUCAUCCGAGGAUUCCCUUCUUUUCAUCACCAUCAUCAUCAUCUUGCAAAGUGUUUCCAACAAUGAAGAACAAAUACCCAUUAAUACGUGCAGCAUCACCAGUGCUGCCAUCAAACCAUCACGAAAAGCAAAACAUUCCGACCCUGGAUGCCUUAAUCGACAGAAAGAGUAAGGAGGAGAUCAUGCUUUCCAUAAGUAACUCGCUUUCCAAUUGUCUAUCAGAGACCCAUCUCGAUUUAACUGUCCCCGGUCUCAAAUCCAAGACCCGCGGCAAGGUUAGGGAUAUAUACGAUGGAGGGGAUUAUCUCGUACUGGUGACCACUGACCGUCAAAGUGCAUUUGAUAGGAUUCUUGCUUCAAUUCCCUUCAAGGGCCAGGUUCUGAAUGAGACUAGUUUAUGGUGGUUCAACAGAACUCAACACAUUAUUCCCAAUGCAGUGGUAGCAUCACCCGAUAAGAAUGUCACCAUUGCAAAGAAGUGUUCAGUUUUCCCUGUUGAAUUUGUUGUUAGAGGGUAUGUGACCGGAAGCACUGAUACAUCACUGUGGACAGUUUACAAGAAUGGGGUUCGAAACUAUUGUGGCAAUGUCCUCCCAGAUGGCCUAGUGAAAAACCAAAAAUUGUCAGAAAACAUACUUACUCCAACUACUAAAGCUGCAGAUCAUGAUGUCCCUGUAACCCCUGAUGAGAUAGUUCAACAGGGGCUAAUGACAAAAACUGAUUAUGAUGAAGCAAGUAGGAAAGCUUUGAGGUUAUUUGAGUUUGGGCAGCGUGUUGCAUCCGAACACGGCCUAAUACUUGUGGACACAAAGUAUGAAUUCGGGAAGGGGGCAGAUGGAACUGUUCUUUUGAUUGAUGAGGUGCAUACACCUGACUCAAGCAGAUACUGGAUUGCUCCAUCAUACCUUGACCGCUUUCGGGAUGGUCUCGAGCCUGAAAAUGUUGACAAGGAGUUUUUGAGGUUGUGGUUUAAAAAUCAUUGCAAUCCAUAUGAAGACGAGGUUUUGCCUGAGGCUCCGGAAGAACUUGUGACUGAACUGUCUUGGCGUUACAUUUUCUUGUUUGAGACGAUAACAAGAGCAAAAUUUGAGCUUCCUUCCACAAAGGAGCCUAUCCAUGAUCGGAUUUCCAGAAAUGUGUCACAAGCUCUGUCAUCUCUGUUAUAAAAUAGAAUUGACCAUAAAGAGGAGGGAUGACAUUUUCUUUUCUGUAUUGUGAUACAUUAUCCACACCCUAACACCCGAAAUAAAGGAAUCUGACACAGGAAGACUGUCAUUUUUGAAGAUUUCAGCAGUUAGAAAAGUUUUGAGGAGAUUGAGCAGAAGAUAACUAUCAUCUCCACUAAUCCAGGCACACUUGUAAUAGUGCAAAACAUAUUUUUGUUGUAAAAUCAGAACAUCUAAAUAUAAUUGUUAAGUAUUUCACAUAUUAGUAGUCCUUUUAUUGAGGUACAAUAAUGUUUUCAAUAUUUAUCAUACCUUAUUUGUUUUCUUUCGCGUAAAUCCAUUAUUUAUGUGUUCUCAUAA